CGGGCACCAAGGAAGGGGUCUUUCAGUCGAAUGUGCGCUUGUUUAGAUUGCGUCGCGAACACGUGAGUACAGCAGGAGCUGAGAAGUGCGGUUUUCAGACAGUAAGUCAAAACGCAUCGCAGGUUUAUAUCCAGAGUUAUAUGCGUGUACAACAUGGGCAGGAGGAACAGAAACAGACAAAGACCCCAGCAGAACAGAGAUGGAAGACCAGAGGGGAAAAGAAGCAGAGAUGAUGCUGGUUGGGGAGCUGGAUACUCUGAGAUCAUCAAGGAGAACAAGCUCUUUGAGCAUUACUACAAGGAGCUGCAGAUUGUUCCCGAGGGAGAGUUUGAGGAGUUCAUGGAGGCCAUGAGGGAGCCACUGCCAGCUACAAUACGCAUCACUGGAUACAAGAGUCAUGCCAAAGAAAUCCUUCAUACUCUUAAAGAGAAAUACUUCAAAGAGGUUCAAGAUCUUGACGUGGAUGGGCAGAAGAUUGAGGCUCCUCAGCCCUUAAGUUGGUAUCCUGAUGAACUGGCGUGGCACACUAACCUGAGCAGAAAGAUUCUGCGCAAAUCUCCACUCCUGGAGAAAUUCCACCAGUUCUUGGUCAGCGAAACUGAAUCGGGGAAUAUUAGCAGACAGGAAGCAGUCAGCAUGAUUCCUCCUCUUCUGCUGAAAAUUGAGCCUCAACAUAAGAUUCUGGACAUGUGCGCAGCUCCAGGAUCGAAGACUGCUCAACUAAUAGAGAUGCUUCACUCUGACAUGGACAUGCCUUUCCCUGAGGGUUUUGUAAUUGCCAAUGAUGUGGAUAACAAGCGCUGUUACCUGCUGGUCCACCAGGCCAAGAGAUUGAACAGUCCAUGUAUUAUGGUGGUCAACCAUGACGCCUCUAGCAUUCCACGUCUGCACUUUGAUCAGGAUGGGAAGAAGGAAGUCCUGUUUUAUGACCGGAUCCUGUGUGAUGUACCCUGCAGUGGAGAUGGAACGAUGAGGAAAAACAUUGAUGUGUGGAAAAAAUGGACAACCAGCAACAGCCUCCAGCUCCACGGGCUGCAAAUCAGGAUCGCAGUGCGAGGUGUGGAGCAGCUGGCAGUAGGGGGCAGGAUGGUGUACUCCACCUGCUCUCUGAACCCCAUCGAGGAUGAAGCUGUAGUUGCUGCCCUGCUGGAGAAGAGUGAAGGUGCUUUAGAGUUAGCAGAUGCCUCUCCAGAUCUCCCAGGACUCAAAUAUAUGCCUGGAAUUACAUCUUGGAAGGUAAUGACUAAAGAGGGUCAGUGGUUCUCUGACUGGUCAGAGGUGCCAACAAGUCGACAUACUCAGAUCAGACCCACCAUGUUUCCACCAACAGACUCAGAAAAGCUGGCCAAUAUGAAGCUGGAGAGAUGUAUGAGAAUAUUGCCCCAUCACCAGAACACCGGUGGGUUUUUUGUGGCUGUGUUGGUAAAGAAGGCGCCCAUGCCAUGGAACCGCCGUUACCCAAAGCUUCGUAAUAAGGAGGUGAACUCCUCCAGUGAGGUGGCUCCUGAAGAGGAGCUGCAGAUGGGGGAGUCUCCCGCUGACGUCCCACCAGCAGACGGCUUGUCCGCUGAUGCCCCUGUGGAAGCGGUGGAUGAUGCAACUCCUGCAGAGGGAAACCCGUCUGGCCCAGAUACCCCUGACCCUUCAGAGGUCAAGAAAGAUAAUGUCUGUGGCCCCCCUCCUCCAAAGAAGAUGAAACUCUUUGGCUUCAAAGAGGAUCCUUUUGUGUUUCUGACAGAGGAUGACCCCAUCUUCCCUCCCAUCCAAGCUUUCUACAACCUGUCUCCAGAUUUCCCCAAGCUGAACGUAUUGACUCGCACCCACGAAGGAAAGAAGAGGCACCUGUACAUAGUGUCCAAAGAGCUCCGAAAUGUUCUGCUCAACAACAGCGAGAGAAUGAAGGUUAUAAACACGGGCGUGAAGGUCUGGUCCAGAAAUACAGAUGGAGAACAGUUUGGUUGUGCUUUCAGACUGGCUCAGGAGGGUAUUUACACACUAUGCCCUUACAUCAGAGCCCGAAUCAUCAACAUCAGCGUGGAGGACGUGAAGGUGCUCCUCACGCAGGAGAACCCCUUCCUCAGCAAGCUUGGAGAUGUUGCUCACAAUCAGGCCAAGAAACUUGAAAUGGGCAGCAUUGUUUUACGAUACCUACCAGAUCCAAAGGAUGUUGAUGCUCCUCAGUGCCCUAUAGAUUUGUGCGGCUGGAGAGGAAAAACUUCCAUCAGGGCUUUUGUCCCACGUAAUGAGCGUCUUCAUUACCUCCGCAUGGUGGGGGUGGAAGUCUUUCGUGACAAACCGGGCAAGAGGAACGAUGGUUCAACAGUAACCCAAGAAGGAAGCACAGAAGAUGCUGAGGGACUGAGCCGAGAGCCAGAUCUCUUAGAACAGGAAGGUGAAGAAACGGAGCAAAACGAUUCAGAGUCCAACACUAAUGGCUCAGGACCCGUUAGCAGCACUUGUGAUGGGCCUACAAGUUAGUUAUCCAAGCAGUUAGUAUGGGUCAGGAAAAAAUGAAAGGCUCCACCAAGCCUUCUGAUUUUUCUUCUUUUUCUUUUCUUUUCCCCAGACUGCACACUGCAGAAGCACCUGGUUGGCUAACCCCUGAAGAACUGACCUGGAAAAAAAAAAAAAAAAAAGGAUGAUUUUUAUUUUAUCAGAGCUUUUUUAAAAUAUUGAUUUAAAGGCAUUUGCUGUUGGAUAUGUUUUUAUAGUUUGUUUUAUGAUGUUGUUCAAGGAACAAAUUUAAUGAAGUUACAUUUGGUACUCAUUUUGCAUUAAUAGUGUCUAAGGGCUGCACACUAGCUCAGUCUUAAAAUGCAUUUCAUUUUCUCAGAUGCUUGUACAUGACUUACACACAGUACAUUAUGCCAAUUUGUUCAUUGUUACAAUACUUGAAAUAAACCACAUUUGUCAAUAUUUCAGUAUAGUUUGGCACCGUUUUCAGUGGUAUAUAUGCCACAUUUCAGUGUGCUGUAGUUAGAGAAAAGCCUGUACAUGGAAGUAGUAUGUUCGAAUUUGUAGUAUUCAUAAAACCGUAGGUGAAAAUAACCUGGAUGACCUUCUGCUGUCUGAAGUUAUGAAAUCCAGUGAACACUUCCCCAUGAGGCCACAGGAAGGGAUUUGUGAAUGGCAGUGAAGUGACGCAACUGAUAUUGUAGGUCCCAUAACAUGAGCCGCGUUUCAGUUACCCUUCAAAUUUUUACGCUCGCAUGAGGUGGUUUUUCAGGCAAUUCGAAAAAGGAAUAUAUUGCAAAACUGCAAAUGAAAGAGUUUUUGAUCACUCUUUAAUAUACUAUAUUACACUUUUUUUUUUUUUUUAAAGAAGUUGAAUGUUUCAUUUUCAUAUUUUGUCAUGAUUUGUGUGUUCUGCAUUGUGUCCACACCAUCAUGUGCUGGUCCACCCUGUCAUCUAGAUAUUUUACAAUAAUAUUUUAAAUAAUUCAAUCAUAUCUGUAUAAUCCAGUGUGUUCAAUAGCUAGGUGUGGGGGCAAUAACAUGCAAACAAAAAACUGCAUUAAAAUAUCACAGUUUUCUCCAAAUAAGAAAAAAAUACAUGUCUGAAUUAUUUCUUUAAAGACACAUGGUUUGCAUGAAAUUUAUGUAUUUAUAAUUUGAAAGCAAACAAAUAACCCUGU